UCGGUUGCGGUGCGUGCACAAUGCCGGCGCAUCACCACCAGCUCUGCCUUAGCCGCAUAAAUCGUGCCACAUUGUGGUCUGGCGUGGAUCUUCGACUCUGAACUGUUAACGGCUUUGGGGAACAAGUCCGACCACGUGGCGGAGGUUGUCUCCGGCGGGCGCAGCCGUAUAAGUUUAUAAGACGUCAAGCUCUGCUGCUCUUCGCCCCUUUUGACACUUGACAGUCUCUCACCCCGUCUCAUCCCCACCAUGAAGGCCGCUUGGACCGCAGUUGCUGCUCUGCUGCUCGCCGGCUCGACCUCUGCGUCGUCCGACUGCCGCUGUCUGCCGGGCGACGACUGCUGGCCCGCCGCCAGUCAAUGGGAUGCGCUGAACAGCACCGUCGGUGGGCGUCUGAUUGCGACGGUGCCUGUGGGAUCUCCUUGCCAUGAGCCGACCUACGAUGCGACCGCCUGCGCUCAGCUGCAGCAGGACUGGAAUCUCCCCCAGACCCACUAUGUCUCCUCUUCGUCGAUCAUGCAGCAAUUCUUUGCGAAUCGGAGCUGCGAUCCUUUCACCGACAAGUCGAGUGCGUGUGAGCCUGGGAACUACGUGAGCUAUGCUGUUGAUGUGUCCUCGAGCGACGAUGUCGUUGCGGCGAUCAAGUUUGCGCAGGACAACAACAUCCGCUUUGUUGUUAAGAAUACUGGUCACGACUACCUAGGUCGGUCUACCGGUGCUGGUGCGCUCUCCGUCUGGACGCACAACCUCAAGGAUAUCGAAUACAUCGACUGGGCCGAGGAUUCCUAUACUGGACCCGCAUACAAGCUGGGAAGUGGUGUGCAAGGAUUUGACGUUUUGGAGACCACCCACGCCCAGGGCCAUGUUGUUGUCGGUGGCGAGUGCCCGACUGUCGGUCUGGCAGGAGGAUACCUGCAGGGUGGAGGACACUCGGCGCUGAGCACCAGCUUCGGUCUCGGUGCUGACCAGGCUCUCUCCUUUGAGGUCGUCACUGCUGCUGGAGAGGCCAUUACGGCCUCGCGCACAGAGAACACCGACCUCUACUGGGCUCUCAGCGGUGGCGGUGCUGGCAACUGGGCGGUUGUCUUGUCUGUCACUGUCAAGGCAUACGAGAGCGAGAUUGUCUCUGGUGCGACGGUGACCUUCAGCACCUCGGACCUGUCGAAGGACGUCUUCAUCGAGGCCGUGGAUCACUUCCAUCGCCUGCUCCCCGAUAUGAUUGACGCUGGCACGACGGUUAUCUACCAGAUGCUCCCUGGCUAUUUCCUGAUCAAGCCCUUGACUGCGUUCAACAAGACCAGCUCGGAGGUUAAGGAUAUUCUGUCCCCAUUCCUCGCCGAGCUCGACAGCCUCAGCAUCCAGUACACGGCCAACUAUACCCAGUACGACUCGUACUACGACCACUACGAAAAGUACAUGGGUCCCCUGCCCAACGGCAACCUUGGAGUCGGCGAGUUUACCUACGGCGGACGUCUUCUCCCACGCUCAGUGGUUGAGUCGAACCCAACUGAUUUGGCCUCUGCAUUGUACGAUAUCACCUCCCAGGGCAUCGUUGCAGUGGGUGUCGGCUUGGACGUUUCAAAGACCAACGACGUCGACAAUGCCAUCUUCACCCACUGGCGAGAAGCCGCAGUCACGAUGCAGAUUGGCAUCAGCUACAACGAGACCGCGCCGUGGUCUGACCUGCUCGCCGCACAGCAGAAAAUGACCGACGAGAUCAACCCCCUGCUCGAAAAUGUGACGCCUGGCGGUGGGACCUACGAGAACGAGUCCAACUUCCUGCAGCCGAACUGGAAGGAGGUCUUCUUUGGUGACAACUACUCGAAGCUGGAGCAGAUCAAGGGCAAGUGGGAUCCGGACCACUUCUUCUACGUGCUCAAGGGAGUGGGGAGCGACUAUUGGACUGUCUCUGAGGAGGGGCGUAUGUGUAGAGCCCAGAAGAGGUCUGUCGCGCCUGCGUGCAAGGCUUGAUUUCGAAGUUUACUAUUGAGCGUUGUGUCUCUGGUUAUCAUAGAUUAAACCGCACCAUAGAAUAUUGAAUACCCCAUAGAGCAAUUUACGGAGUUAUCGAAUACCAGUG